AUGACCGCAAGCUCCCUGCCUCCGGCCAUGUCGCCGUCGUGGACAGCGCAUGACCUGGGCCAAAUCGAGCACACAAGUGUGCUCGUGGUGGUCCGUAGACGCCACCUAGCUGCUUCGCUUGCUCGAAUUCGAGCCGCAGCACCACACCCGCGCACAUCCGAGCUCCGGCCCCCGCUCUCCUUGUCGCCGCCGUUGCCACCAACCACCUCCGGCCAACCCGCCGCCCGCGCCUUGCCUCCCUCCCAUGUGCCUGCUGCUGCUACUGCCUCGCGCCAGGCCCAGUCCCCCUUCCACUGCCGACGACGUCUGCGUGCGCGCCUUGCCGCGCCCGCCGGAGACCGCCCUUGCCCGCACGCCUCCUCGCCCACGCUCACCCCCUACGCAUGUGGCCGCGCCCCCAGUCGCCCCGCCUCAGCCGGCGGCGCCCACCUCCGCCCGGGCCUGCUCGCGCCCCCUGUGCCGAGCCUUCCCACGGCCAACACCAUGGCCGCCGGCGUCGUACUCUACGAAAAGCCUAGCCUCCUCCUUCCUCCAGCCGCCGGACCCGUCCACCUGGCGCCGGACACGUCCGCGCCGCCGCCCGCAGCCACUCCGAGCCCGCCGCGUUUCCCCGUCACCCUCCACCACGCCUCCUCGCCGCCGCGGACCACGGGGCCCAUCGCCGGCCCGCCCCCGGGCCGAAUCGGGCCCAAGCGCCGCCUGCGCCGUGCCCUGCGUCUCCAGCGCCACCGCCAGCCGAACCCUGCUGCCGAUCCGCCCGUCGCCGCACUGCGCUGCCGUCGCCGGCCACCCCGACCUCGACGCACGCCACCCAGCGCCACCGUCGCCUGCUCCGCUGCCCAUUCCGCUGUCGCGUACCGCGACCACCGCCAGCUGUCGCACCAACCGCUCGCCUCCACCUCGCCGCUGCUAGCGCCGCUCGCCAGGAUCCGCCCCGCGCCGCUCGCCGGAAUCCGCCCCGCGCCGCCGCGCCAAGGCCUCCCAUCGCCUAGAUCCGGCCGGAUCUCGCCCCGUCGGCCCCGGAUCCGGCCGUCCCGACCCCGCUGGCGCCUCGUCUCCUCACCCCCGCUGCUGGAGCGAGCUCCCCCGCCGUCCGCCGACUCGCCGGAGCUCGGAGCUCGUCGGCGUCGACCUCCACACGGCCGGGUCAACCGACCCCGACCCAAUCCGCGCUCGGACCCGCUCCACUCCACCUCGCCCGACCCGCUCCGCGUUGACUUUCGUGAGGUCUAA